AAAAAUCUUUCUUUCCUCUUUUUCUUUUCCUACAUUCACGAUUUUUCCUCCAUAUUCAUUGAAUGAGUCGGACAAAGUGGACGGACACGCAGAAUCAACAAUCAACGUCGGCUUGUCGUCGUCUCGGAUAAAAGAAGGUAGAAACAGCCCAUCAUCGGCUGCAGGAAAUUCCAGCCCCACAGUUGGUCUGCAUUCCAGCCAGCAGAGAUGGAUUCCUUCGAGUAAAUUACAACGAGAUGCAGGAAAAUCAGGCCAUGACAGAACAGAGAUUAUAUUUAGAACUGUUAGAAGCAUUCUGAACAAACUCACACCAGAAAACUUCAGCACUCUCAGUACCAGUCUACUCAAUGUUGGAAUCACUUCAAAAGUUAUUUUAAAAGGAAUUGUUAUUUUGAUUUUCGACAAAUCUAUUGACGAGCCGAGAUACAGCACAUUAUAUGCAAACCUAUGUUAUCGUCUCUAUCAUGAGGCCCCGAACUUUGACCCUCCUCCUUCUCAACCAAUAAAAGCACCACACGGAUCAACCCUAAGACCUAACACUUUCCGCCGUUUGUUGAUCGCAAAACUCCAAGAUGAGUUCGAGAAUCGGAAUUGUAAACUCGAGGCGUUCGAUUCGAAAGUUGGGCCACUCGAUGCCGACGAAGAGGAGCAAAGAUUACUUUCGAAACACCACAUGCUCGGGAAUAUCAAAUUUAUCGGUGAACUCUACAGCCUCGGAAUUCUCCAGGAGAGCAUCAUGCAUAAAUGCAUUAAACAACUCAUUAAUAAAAAGAAGAAAGGUACGUUGGACGACAUGGCGGAAGACUUGGAAUGCCUCAGUCAAAUCAUGACAACCUGUGGGAAGAGACUCGACCAUCCAAAGGCUAAGUCUCUAAUGGAUCAAUAUUUUGAACGUAUGGAAGUGCUGCGUCGCAAACACACAGAGCUUCCAUCGAGAAUAAGAUUCAAACUGCAGGACGUCGCUGAGCUAAGAGGGAAUAAUUGGUUCCCACGACGGGCACAAAGGGAUACUGGACCUCGGCCUUUACGUCAGAUCAGAAAGGAAAUUGAAGAACUAUAUCUCUCACCAUCAGCCAUAUAUAAUCAGAGUAACGGUGAAGGAUUUGGUGGAAAUCCACGAUUUCAGACAUCGACUACAGGAUUCGGUUCAAAUUCGGGAUUUCAGAUGAAUUAUCCUGGAAGCAGUCGUUUUUCUCAGUCACCACAAUAUCCAGGUGGCUUUUCAGGUACUUCACCUCCUUCAGUGCUCAAUGCUACCUCUAGUGACAAGACAAGCAAUUCACAGGGUUUCGAUUUCUUUGGGCCAGUCAAACCUCAACCAAUUCGACCGGCUGCCCCAAAACCCACCCCUAGUUUACCCCCGACAAGACCCAUUUACCCAGGCCAGCAGGCAAGGUUUGCCCCACCUCCACAUAUGUACAAUGGUUACCCAACUGCUCCAAACCCCAUGUACCGGCCCCCUAGGCCUUCUCAAAUGAGCCCUGGGUACCAUAGCCCCAUGCAGGAGCCCAAUAGCCCCCAACCUGCCCAGCGUAUUCAAGAUUCUCAGCCGCCUCAAAGGGAUUCCUCUGCGAAACAAGGGAAUCACAAAUCUGACCAGAAACCAGCCAAAGAGAUCCCUCCUCGAUUCCAGAAACAAAAGCAACAGAAAAUGGAAAUGGCAGCUGCUGAGAAUCAAAAUACAGAGCAAGCUACUGGUACUAAGCCUAUUCAUUCUCAACGCAACGGUACCGGAAACGCAUCUACUAGACCCAGGAAACCCCCAGUGUUCACAGCUCUAAACAGUAAUCCUGAACCCCCAAUUAUACAUCGCCAAACUGAGCCCCCACAAUCAAGACCUUACCCCCAACCUACCGUCCAAUUCACCCAAGGUACCCCACUUGGGGCAGUAAGUAAAGGCUUGAAGACACCGGUACAAGCAGUAGCCAAAUCUCCAAGAAAUCAUCCAACUUCGAACGCUGGACUCCCUUCUCAGCGUCGCCCGACACAAAACCAGCGCCAUCCUUCUCCCACUAUACAUGAGACCAACAUUGACGCGAUACAGGCUCCGUUCCAACAUGCUAUUGACAAUGCUAGCCAGCAGGUACCACUUAGCAAAAAGAAUCCAGUGGUCGCUGAAAAAACAAAACCAAAAAAAUCUUCCAUGAGUAAAUCUGAGGUGGAGAAAAUCUCUGACGAUACAGCGGAGAAAUAUUUUGCGAAAAUCAAAAAUAAAGAUCAGAUUGGGAAAAUUGUGAAUGAAUUGAAGCUGCAGAGAAAACUCAUCCCAGUCUUUAUCAGUAAACUACUGAUAAAAUCACUAAACAAAUCAGACCAUGAUAAGGACAGAAUAUGCAAAUUAUUGCUCUAUCUUAUCGAGAUGAAAAUCUUUACUAAGGAGCUUGUCUUGCAGGGUAUGCAGACAACAUUGGAGAAACUCUCAGAUCUCGAGUCUGAAAUCCCCCUGAUUAAAUCCUCAAUGGGGAACCUACUCUCAAAAGUAGUACUAUUCGAGCUUUUAGCCUUGUCUGAUCUUGGAGAGAUGCUGGUCGGAGGCUACCAUUUUCCUCUCUUCCUGCUGACCCUUCAACAAAUGUCAAAGGUCAAGGUUGAAGAUUGGAUCACUCAUGAGUUUCAAGAAAGUAAAAUCAAAAUGAUUGAAAUGCUUCCAGAAGCCUCCCAGACAAAAUCAGCAAUGAUUACAAUCCUAGAAGGAAAACAACUGCAAUUCCUAUUCCCAUUGGUCCAUAUUGAAUCCAAACUAUCCAAUCAGAUUGCAGAGAAUCCAAACCCUUCCUCUAUCUACAAAUGGAUCAAAGAAAAUGUGACCCUUGACCUCUACACUGACCCUGGGUUCAUCAAUGUUCUUGUUUCAUGCUCUCUUGAUCAUAUCACCAAGCAUAGCAGUCUGGCAGAGGGCGUGGAACGAACACAGAAUCCAUUGAGGGAAAUUAAAGAGAAAGAGCGCCAACUAAUGGUCGAAAUAAAACCAGUUUUGCAAAAAUUUCUUCACGACAAGCCUAAGUUACAAUUGCAUGCUUUGUAUGCUGCUCAAGUCUUCUGCUGUAACAAAGAGUUUCCGAAAGGUCUUCUGCUCCGAUUGUUCAAUGGUUUGUAUGAAGAAGAUGUUGUUGAUGAGGAGACUUACUAUGUGUGGAAGGAGGAUGUCAAUGAACAGUAUUGUGGAAAGGGGAAGGCAUUGUUUCAGGUGAAUAAAUGGUUAGCCUGGCUUCGGGAAGCUGAAACGGAUGAUGAAGAAGACAAGUAAUGUUUAAUUGUGUCAUAAUCAGCACUUAUGAUGUCAUAAUCAACCAAUGUGAUGUAACAAUCAAGCAGUAUGAUGUCACGCUAUUUUGUGCAGUACUAUUGGCAGAGAAUCAAUUAAUGUUGGUUUGUGAUGUCACAAAACAAAUAUUGUGAUAAAACAAAAACUAUUGUUGAAUCACAAAUAAACAAAAUGACUACAAUGCACUAUAUUGUAACUAAACUUUCUUCCAAUUUUUGAGAAUCUCGUCGUAAUUAAAUAUUGUUUUUUCUGUCAUAGUUUUGUGAGUUCCGUUAGUCUACAAUUUUUCCGAGAACUAUUUCUGCUUUUUGAUACCAAUUUUUUAGUCUACGCUUUGUAGUGAGUUUUAUAAAUUUUGAGAAGUUCAAAGUUCAACACUACAGUGAUAAAUUCAUAAGAAAUUAAAUUAGUUGCCAUUCAGAGUAUUGAAAUCUCAAACUGUUAAAAAACUUUGAAAUAUAGAAUGUGAAAUAAUUGAAAUUGUGGCAAUGCAUCAAACAUUUAGCGUCAGAAAAAGAUGUUGGUUUUUGAAAAAGUGUAAAGAAUAUUUGCGCUGGCUUUUGAUAUAGAAAUUUAUUGCCUAUUCAUGUAAAAUAUUCAUGAUAGGGAGGGGGCUUUCCAAUGUGCCGUAUAAUGGCUGUAUAGCAGUGGUUCCCAACCUUUUACGCCUCGUGGCCCCCUUGAGAGGAUUUUAGUACUCAUGGCCCCCCUGUUUAUCUUUCCAGUGGUAUUUAUAGUGUUAUUUUGAUUGGUAGAUUCCAAAUCCCAUUAUGUUCAAACAAUUCAUGCUCAACAAAGUGAGAAAUCCUUUGGAAUAACAUAACCUUGUCAGGAAAUGAAACUAGGAAGAAAGGGAAAAGUAAAAUCAGUUUUCUCCUGGCAUGGUGGCCCCUUCUAACUGCUCUGUGGCCCAUUUGGAGGGCCACAGGCCCCCGGUUGGCAACCACUGCUGUAUAGUUUUUCUUUGUUUUAACAUUAUUUUCACCAAUAAUCUAACUCUCUGCGUUGAUUUUGUCUUCGUCCAGUUUUGAAAAAUAUUUUUUUGUCGUAAUUACCCACAAUCAUGUAUCUAUUGUACUAAUGUAAUGUGUCUGUUUAUUUAUUUAUUAUAUUUACUGGAAAUUCGAACUAUAUAUAUUUGUGGGAAUUAGAUGACCCGAUAAUAAAUGUGUAUUGGACUCAGCUACGUUCAGUUUCCCGGUUAAAUAAAGUUUUAAAUUUAACCCUGUGUCCAAUAUCUUACCCAGGUAAUGAAUUAGCCAAGUAAUACCUUCCUCAAACUGUUUGAGCCACGCCCCUUUUUUGAGAAUUUGUCUAAUCUAGCGCCUCGCCGGCUAGCUAACGAUAAGCUACAAAUAACAGAUAGUAAACGAAAGUAUGUUUUAUUCAAAAAAGUCGAAAUUACUUGAUGGAAUGUAAUAAUAGAAUAAAUAAAAGUUUUCAAAACAAGCAAAAUUCAGCAAAUAUUUUUAAUCAGCUUAUUGCCCCCUCAAAAAAUUAAGCGGUGCGCCACACCGUUUGAGAAUCACUGCUGAAAAGACCCAAUUUCGAGUUCAAUUAGUGUCUAAAAUAUCCAUCUCGACCUUGUCAGUGUUGCCAUUUUGUUUCCAAGAAAAUAUUUUGACCUUUGAUCCCAUCCCAAUCCCUGAUUAAUGCCCGAUACAUACUAAAAAGUAUUUUCAAUGAGUAUUUAAAAAAAUGUCAUCUUUUUAUAGAAUUAUAGUGCUUUUUAAAUGUUGCCACACAGCAUGCUAAGAUUAUGCGGAAUUUUUGAGCAAAAAAAAAUAGAUUUCUUUGAAAAUGUCAUUUUUGUAAAAAUCUUUGUACUGAGAUUAGUGUUUGUUGUUACAUCAUAAUUAAAUCUGCAAUGUAUUAUUGUGACAUCACAACGUUUUGUAUAAAUGAGUGAAAAAUAAGAAAAUAUCAACAUA